UUUUCGGAGAAUCAUAAAAUAGCCAUAGAAUUUUGGAGAAAAAUACACAAAUGCCCUACAUUUGGAGAGAUUGUGCGAAAACGAAAAAGAGGUUUACCAGUUACUAGUUUAUCAUCUAAACGUUCAAUUAAAUUCCGAAUUGUGGAAAGCGCAUUGGAUUGUUAUCUCUUAUCUGCCCUCAUCACUUCCACGUUAAAGAAAGAAAGAAAUGGGGAUAAAGGAAGGAAAAUGGCCGGUGAUAGGAAUCGAUCUCGGGACUACCUACUCAUGUGUGGGAAUAUGGAAGCAUGGCCGGGUUGAAAUCAUCACCAACGACCUAGGGAACCGUACGACGCCGUCUUGGGUUGCUUUCAACGACAAUGAGCGUCUAAUUGGUGAAUCUGCAAAAUACCAGGCCGCAAUAAACUCCACCAACACCAUUUUCGAUGUGAAGAGACUUAUAGGUAGAAGAUUUAAGGAUGAUACAGUGCAGAAAGACAUGAAACUAUGGCCUUUCAAAGUUACUGCUGGUCAUGAUUUACAUAAAGGCAAGAAACCAAUGAUUAUGGUCACCUAUAAGGGUGAAAUGAAGCAAUUUCUUCCUGAGGAGAUUUCUGCCAUGGUGCUGAUGAAGAUGAAAGAUAUAGCCGAGGCUUUCCUUGGUACCAAAGUGAACAAUGCUGUUAUCACAAUACCGGCAUAUUUCAAUGAUUCCCAGCGUCAAGCUACUAAAGAUGCUGGAGCCAUUGCAGGGAUCAACGUUCUUCGUAUCAUCAAUGAGCCAACGGCUGCUGCUAUGGCUUAUGGUCUUGAGUCAAAGGCUAGCAGGAAGUCUAGUACAAAGAAUGUUUUGAUAUUUGAUCUUGGCGGUGGAACAUUUGAUGUCUCUUUCGUAAGUAUUAAAAAUGAAAAAUUCGAAGUGAAGGCUGUAAGUGGAAAUACCCAUCUUGGUGGAGGGGAUUUUGACAACAGAAUGGUUAGUCACUUUGCAGAGGAGUUCAAGAGGAAGCACAGUAGAGACAUAACUGGAAAUCCUAGAGCUCUUGGAAGGUUGAGAGCUGCUUGUGAGAGGUCGAAGAGGAUCCUAUCAUCAACUACUGAAACUACUAUUAUCGUUGAUUGCCUUUUUGAGGGUAUUGAUUUCUGUUCAAUUAUCCGUCGUUCCCUAUUUGAAAAGUUGAAUAUGGAUUUAUUCAGGGAUUGUGUGGAAACUGUUGAGAAGUGUUUGAGGGAUGCAAAUAUUCAGAAGUAUGAUAUUCAUGAGAUUGUCCUCGUUGGUGGGUCAACUCGGAUCCCCAAGGUUCAGGAAUUAUUGCAAGAUUUCUUUAAAGGGAAGAAGAUUUGCAAAAGCAUAAACCCUGAUGAGGCAGUUGCCUGUGGAGCUGCCAUCCAUGCUGCAAUGUUGUGUGGUGAAGCCAAGAAUAAGGAUUUCAUACUAGUUGAUGUCACCCCAUUAUCCCUUGGUGUUCGGCUUUGGUCUGGCAGGAUGCUGGUGGUUAUUCCAAGAAACACAGCCAUCCCCACAAAGAUGGAGGAGAUAACUGUUACUGCCUACGAUUACCAGACUUGUGCACGAUUUGAUGUAUACGAGGGUGAGAGACUCAUAGCCAAAGAGAACAACUUACUUGGCUCAUUUCGUCUCUAUGACAUUCCUCCGGAACCUCAAGGUGUAGCUAAUUUCAGAGUCUGCUUUUCCAUUAAUGCUGAUGGCAUCCUGGUUGUGACAGCAAGGCAGCGAGGUACCAGCAACCAGAAAAAAAUCAGCAUAACCAAUUACUUUGGAAGAUUGUCAAACAAGGAGAUUGAAGGGAUGGUGAAGCGAGCUGAGAAGUUCAGGGCUCAGGAUCAAGAGUAUGUGAAGAAUACUAAAGCUAGGAAUCAUUUGAAACGUGCGAGAAAUUGAGUGAUAAGAAGAUUGCAAGUAACCACAAUGAGAAGACGGAUGCAAUUCACAUGGCAUUUCAAGAGCAUUUGUGAGCUUUUUGUUUAAGAUGUCCAGGAAGUUGUUCAAGCAGAGACUUGGCUGCUACUUUCCAUGUCAGUGGUGGAAUCAAACAGAUUCGUUUUGUGGCUGUUAUUUCACUAAUUUUUCACUUAGAGCUCUCUAAAUGCUUGACAGUUCUCACACUAGUUUUUGGUUAAUACAAUGGUGCUUACUGUUAACUUAA